CAUUUCUGACGUCCCCAUUUUUUUCUCACUUAUGUUUCUUUCUGGCCAGAUGACAGCCCGGCCACUCCUACUGAUCCAGCUUCAUCGCCCAGCAGCCAUUCAGGAGCCAGAACUGCCCAGCCCUCCUAUACUCCGAGUGGCACCGGACAGCUGAGCAGCACACCGGACCCUGGACACCAUGGGCGCAGCAGCCCAGGAGAUGAGAUGAGGCCUCAGAAAAUGAAUGCGUCUGGGCACCUGUCCUCCUUCUCUUCUUUCUACCGGCCCAACUCCACCUCCUCUGGGGCUGACCUUCUGGAAAAGAACCUUGUUGAAAUCCAGAACCUGCGCCAGCGCCUGGAGGACUCUGUCUGCAUCAAUGACCGCCUGCAGGAGAGACUGGAACACGCACUCAGCAAUCUGGACCAAGGAAAAAGCGCUGCACAGUGAGCUCCAGCCAGAUGGCUCCCUCAUUCACGCACGCACGCAGGGUCCUCAUCCAGCUCUGGUCAGGACCUCUUGUGAUGUGGCGGUGCCCGGAGGGCCUAGAGGAAUGUUCUUCGGAACAUGUCCAGCCCCUUCCAACAGCAUUCUUGGCUGUGGACUUGGAAGCGUCAGACAUUACCUUUAAGUGAAUGGACCAAAUUAAUAAAUUAUUAUU